GGUCUAAAAAAUGGAAUAGAUUCGUAAUAAUUGAAAUGAUAAAAAAUUACAAUUCAGGGUAGGCAAUGUCGUUAUGAGAAAGCGUCAAAAUGGCAGCGUUUGGAUUACAUUUGGGCACGUGUUCUACUUGCAUUGCUGUUUACAGGGAUGGAAAAACCAAUGUCAUAGCAAAUGAUCUUGGAGACAGAGUAACUCCUGCAGUUGUUGCUUUUACAGAUCAUGAAAUUUCUGUCGGAGCAGCAGCUAAACAAGAAAUCAUUCGCAAUGCCACGAACACAAUCUUACAUGUGAAACGUCUUGUUGGGUGUAAAUUUGAAGAUCCUCAGGUCAAAGAGUAUAUGGAGACAGCCAGUGUUAAGGUUGUCAAAGACAAUGACAAGCCAGUAUUUGAAGUUGAACAGAAAGGAAAGUCUGUCAAGUUCACAACACAACAGAUUAUGGAACUCAUCUAUAAAAAACUGCUGGAAACUGCUCAAAGUCAUGGAGGAAGUGGUAUACAAGAUGCUGUAUUAGCUGUACCAUCUGAUUUCAACAUGGAGCAGAGAAGUAUAGUUAGUGAAGUUGCUAAAAAGGCUGGAUUCAAUAUACUCCGUGUGAUCAAUGAACCUUCAGCAGCCUUGUUAGCUUUUGAUGUUGGACAACUAGAUCAAACAGAGCGCUUUAAAUGCCUAGUUUAUCGCCUGGGAGGCACAUCCCAUGAUGCUGUGGUGUAUGACGUGGAGCAGGGCAUGUACAGAAUAAUUGCGAAAGUGUCAGACAGUCAGUUUGGUGGAGAUAAGUUUACGGAUGUAUUACAAGGCUUCCUAACAUCUGAGUUUAACAGACAGUUUCGCUGCAAUAUGUCGGAGAACAAGAGGUCGGUCAUUAAACUGGGUCUGGCUGCAGAGCGCUGCAAGCAUGCUUUGACCACCAUGAUCACUGCCCAGUGUGCUGUGGACUCGUUAUUUGAGGGAUGUGACUUUCAUUACAACAUGUCCAGGGCUAGAUUUGACAGUUUGUGUAUGCCUCUAAUUACUAAAUGUACCAGUCUAAUAGAUCAAGCCGUAACCCAGGCUGGGUGCGCAAAGGAAGACAUUUCAAAAAUCAUCAUUUGUGGUGGUGGAGCCAAGCCUCCAGUGGUAAAAAAAAUCAUUGCUGAUUUUCUUCCAUCUUCGUCCUUGUUAAAUAAUAUCCCAGAGGAUGAAAUUAUUGCUAUUGGGGCAGCCAAAGAGGCUGCCUUGUUAGUUGGUGGAAACAAUGCGACCAAUGUGGGUAUUGAUGCUGCUGCCUCCACCGUCAACUUUAAAAUUUUACCCAAGUCUGUGUGCAUAAAGGCCAAGAAAGACGAGCUGGAAGUUGUUAUACCACAACAUAGUCUUGCUCCUUGUCGUAGGCAGCACACGCUGACUCUCGAUGCUCACCAGAGGGCAGUGGUUCUUGAAAUUUAUGAGACAGACGAACCAGUUCAGUUAGAGACUGCUAGACUAUUAGCCAAGUUGGUCUUGAGAGAUGUACAGCCUGGCUCUACAAUCAAAUCUAACUUUCAUCUAAGAAGAGAAGGUGACCUUCAUGUGACAUGCCAAGAAGUGACAUCUGAGAAGGUUGAAAGUGUGACCAUCACAUGUCACUAACACCGAGUGACCAGCUAGUUUGUGUACAGUAGAAUGUGUCUGUGUGAAGUUUGUAUUGACUGAGAAUGUUACCUCCCUUUGUAUUUUAUUAUUGUUUUACAAUUUAAAUGAUGUAACAAAACUUUUUAAUCAAUCUGCAAGUAUGAGUGACUGAUCACACCAUUUCUAUGUCUAUAGAUUGAUUGGUGACAUUUGUUCUUAAAUACUAUAUACUUCUUAUUGUUUAAUUUAUAUAAGCCUGGCAUUAUCAAUAAAAACACUGAAAUAAAAUGAGAUUGAUUUGAAGCAUCUGUUAUCUAUCUAAUAUUUUUUGUCACUUAGUUCAUACACCAUGAGCUUUGCAAAAGCUGGACCAUCGUCCAUGGCUUUAUUAAGCUCUGCUAAUUAUAAAAAAAAAAGCUCUUCUAUAUGAGUCUGACUUUUGGCACAUCAGUUAGAAACAUGCAGUAGGGUGAUAAACAACUUUCUGUGCUUUGAUAUUCUUUGUCUUUGUGUGACAAAAGUCUUAGCUUAUACAUUGUUUGUUUGUAAAAUGUUUUACAGAAUUCGGAUGUUCCUUCAGAGUUGAAGAUAGUUUACUUCCUAGUCCAAACCUCCCGCAGGACGACGGGGGAUGGGAGCCAGCGGGGUUUGAACCCUCGACCGUCGAUAAAUCCGAACGACAGUCCAUCACGCAAACCGCACGACCAGGCAGACGUUCUCUCAGAAAAGAAGAUACAUCCUAUGAGUAUCCAUGGUCCGAUCUAGUUGUGCAUGUGAAUGUGAGACUUAAACUCUGCCUGGUCAUUAGUUUUCCUGGCUUGUUCAGGCAACCUAUUUCUUGUUCACUAGGAAAGCGCUACUCUAUUAAAAUUAUUUCUCAAAGGAAAAUGUAUAUAAGUCCCAAUCCUUUCAAUGCAUGGGGUGGCUGUAAUGUACUCUUUCCCUUUAAAAACUUAUCAUUUAAAAGAAAAAAAAUUGGCUGUGUCUAGUCCGAGCGGGAAAAGGGAGUACAGGUAAUUUCACAAUUGAGUUGUAUCUUGAAUCACUCAGUAGUCAGUACUUAAUGAUGUGUAUGCAUGUAAGAUUGAAUCAGUUCUUCUUUAUAGUUUAAUGAUUUAAAACAUUGUUGCAUUUUGUUAUCAUUGAGGUUUUUUAUGAAUUAAACUUAUCCAAGAUUAAAUUUAUGUAUGGUACUUCAAAUGAUAGAUGUGCAAGAAAUUU